AUGGACUGUUCAGACACUAGAAGAAGAUGCAAAGAAGAAUUCACAAAAGUAUUUAGCCAGCAGAUGGAGGGCACUGAUUCAGAAAGAGCAAGCACGCUGGGUGACUUACUGGAAGAGGAAAUCCACCGAACCACAAGCACAAGAGCAGAAUACGGCAUGCUGUUCAGAACAAAGUAUUUAAAUUUAAAAGAUGCAUCGCAUAAGUGGCUGUGCACUUCUGUUUAUAACGGGGUGCUGGCAAUAGAAAAGUUUAUAGCCAUGACAGGAGAUGAGAUGAGAAGUAAAGAAUUAAAGGAGUUAGAGGCCAAAAUCUUCCAAAGAGCACUUCUUGACACAACAAUUGCCCAGCAAGAGGCGGAGACAGACAUUUUCUUCUGCACUAAGUGCAAGCAAAGAAAGUGCACAUACAGGCAGCUGCAGACUAGAAGUGCUGAUGAACCAAUGACAACGUACGUUCACUGUGUUGUCUGUAAGAAUAACUGGAAAUUCUGUUAGUAAUAAUAAAGA